AUGGUACGUGAAGCCAGCGUGGUAACGGCCGAGCGCUAUGCUCAGGGUAUGACCUACGACGACUAUAUGAGCAGCAUCAAUGUCAACAAGGCCAGGUUCGAAGAAUAUUACGCCAACGUUCAGUUGGAUUCGGACCAGUCGUCCAGUCUCCGGGAAUUGGCCUCAUCCGAAGGCGGGCCCGCCCGCAUGAUGGUGAUCGGCGAAGACUGGUGUGGCGACGUGGUGCGCGAACUGCCGGUCCUCGCACGAGUGGCCGAAGCGGCCGGAAUUGAACUGCGCAUUUUCCCUCGCGACGAAAACCACGACAUCAUGAACGAGUACCUCAAAGAGGGCCUGUAUAUGUCGAUCCCGGUCGCGGUGUUUUACGACCAGGGCCACGAGUACAUCUGCCAUUGGAUCGAGCGCUCCGCCACAGCCGGCCGGGAGCAGGGCGAGAUCGAAUCGACCAUUCGGUCCGAGCAGCCGGAUAUAUCGGACCAGGACUUCGGCCGCCAACGGCGCGCCCGGACUGCCGCCCGUGCGGGAGACUGGCAAAAAGCCACUGUUGACGAGUUGGUCGGCCUUCUGCAGGAACACCUGCACUGA